CCCGGGGCCCGGGCCCAGCCCCGCUGCGCUAUGCCUGAGUCGGGCGCGCCCCGGCCCGUGCCCCGCCGCCGUCCCCCGGCCCCCGCGUCGCCCCGAAGCCCGGGCCGCAGUCUGCGCCUCCCGCAGCGUCUCUGAGCCCGAGCCCGCACGCUGUCCGUGGACGAAGGCGCAGGAAGCGCGCGGGGAACAAGACCGAAAGAAGGAGCGGGAAGGAGAGCGCAGCCGCCGCCGGGCCCUGCGCGCCCCGGGAGCGCCGCGCGGCCCUGCCCGCGGGCUCCGGGUGUCCGCGGGGCGGCGCCGCGGAACAUGACGGCGCCCUGGGCGGCCCUCGCCCUCCUCUGGGGAUCGCUGUGCGCGGGUUCAGGGCGUGGGGAGGCUGAGACACGGGAGUGCAUCUACUACAACGCCAACUGGGAGCUGGAACGCACCAAUCAGAGUGGCUUGGAGCGCUGUGAGGGUGAGCAAGACAAGAGGCUGCACUGCUACGCCUCCUGGCGCAACAGCUCAGGCACCAUCGAGCUCGUCAAGAAGGGCUGCUGGCUGGAUGAUUUCAACUGCUAUGACAGGCAGGAGUGUGUGGCCACCGAGGAGAACCCGCAGGUGUACUUCUGCUGCUGCGAAGGCAACUUCUGCAACGAGCGCUUCACCCACUUGCCGGAGGCUGGGGGCCCAGAAGUCACGUACGAGCCACCCCCGACAGCCCCUACCCUGCUCACGGUGCUGGCCUACUCGCUGCUGCCCAUUGGGGGCCUCUCCCUCAUCGUCCUGCUGGCCUUCUGGAUGUAUCGGCAUCGUAAGCCUCCCUAUGGCCAUGUGGACAUCCACGAGGACCCUGGGCCUCCACCCCCAUCCCCCCUGGUGGGUCUGAAGCCACUGCAGCUGUUGGAGAUCAAGGCUCGUGGCCGCUUUGGCUGUGUCUGGAAGGCCCAGCUCAUGAAUGACUUUGUGGCUGUCAAGAUCUUCCCACUCCAGGACAAGCAGUCGUGGCAGAGUGAAAGGGAGAUCUUCAGCACGCCUGGCAUGAAGCAUGAGAACCUGCUGCAGUUCAUUGCUGCUGAGAAACGAGGCUCCAACCUUGAGGUGGAGCUGUGGCUCAUCACGGCCUUCCAUGACAAGGGCUCCCUCACGGAUUACCUCAAGGGGAACAUCAUCACAUGGAACGAACUGUGUCAUGUGGCAGAAACGAUGUCACGAGGCCUUUCGUACCUGCACGAGGAUGUACCCUGGUGCCGUGGUGAGGGCCACAAGCCGUCUAUUGCCCACAGGGAUUUUAAAAGCAAGAAUGUAUUGCUGAAGAGUGACCUCACAGCUGUCCUGGCUGACUUUGGCCUGGCUGUUCGCUUUGAGCCAGGGAAACCUCCAGGGGACACCCAUGGGCAGGUAGGCACCAGACGGUACAUGGCCCCUGAGGUGCUUGAGGGAGCCAUCAACUUCCAGCGAGACGCCUUCCUGCGCAUUGACAUGUAUGCUAUGGGGCUGGUGCUGUGGGAGCUUGUGUCUCGCUGCAAGGCUGCAGAUGGACCCGUGGAUGAGUAUAUGCUGCCUUUUGAGGAGGAGAUUGGCCAGCACCCUUCGCUGGAAGAGCUGCAGGAGGUGGUUGUUCACAAGAAGAUGCGACCCACCAUUAAGGAUCACUGGCUAAAGCACCCGGGCCUGGCCCAGCUCUGUGUGACCAUUGAGGAGUGCUGGGACCAUGAUGCAGAAGCUCGCCUAUCUGCAGGCUGCGUGGAGGAGCGAGUGUCCCUGAUCCGGAGGUCGGUCAACAGCACUACCUCGGACUGUCUUGUCUCACUGGUGACCUCUGUCACCAAUGUGGACCUGCCCCCCAAGGAGUCCAGCAUCUAAGCCCAGGACAUGAGUGUCUCUCCAGACUCAUUGGAUCUGAAGAAAAAAGGAAAAAAAAAAGUUGUGUUUUGUUUUGGAAAUCCCAUAAAACCAACAAACACAUAAAAUGCAGCUGCUAUUUUACCUUGACUUUUUAUUAUUAUUAUAAUUAUUAUAAUUAUUAUUAUUAAUAUUAUUUUUUGGAUUGGAUCAGUUUUUACCAGCAUAUUGCUCUACUGUAUUGCAAACAGCGGACACGUCAGCAGGCGUUGAGGUGCUGAGCUGUGAAUGCAGAACCAGCGCCAUGCUGAAGAGCCUCAGCCACCUCCUGUCCUUUGGGAUUCAUUUUUCCCAUUUUCUCUUUGUUUGUCGUCUCAGAAUCUGUGACACAAAGAAACCCAUCUCCUGUCUUAGGAAACUUAAUGCUGCAAACUCUACUCGAGGAACCUUUGAAGACUGUUACAUAAGAACAUACCUUCCUCAGAAGAGGCAUUUCCUCUCUCCUUGGCCCUCACCCCCUCCUCCCCACCACUUUAUUAUUUUUUUGUUGUUGUUUCUCCCUUUUUAGGCAGUGAGCUUAAGAAACAGCAGAUGUGUCUUUCACGGAUUUAACGGGUGUUGUCCUGAUCAAGUAAAAAAACUGGGAUGAGGACGAGGAGUUUGGACUGGGGUUGGAAGGGGAGGAUGGUGCUAGGGUAGGGUUUGGAACAGAGCUACACUGGACUUGGGCACAUUCGGAGCAACAUCCUUUGCUGUGGAGGCUACUUCUCAGGUACCCAGGAAUUGAGGGCAAGGACCUUGUGGAGGCCGAACAUUAAGGGCAAGUGCGGGGUUUGGAGAAAGUCUGAGAGCAGGGGCAGCUCUGACCCACCUGCUGGUCCCACCAGUUUCUUUCUGUUGACCUGGGCUUGGCCUAAGAUGAAACAUUUUUUUCUGCCCAAAUUUUUAAGAUUAUGUGGAAGGCAGAAAUCAUCACAGUUCAGUGAACAUUCUUCAUGCGAUAUGAUGCUUGUAAGUAUCUCUAAUGGAGGAAAUAUUGAAAUUGUUUCCUCCUGGGGCAGUUUAGGAAAAUGCCCUUAGGGGGCGCCCUGCACAGCUAGGGCAAGAGAAUUCCUGGAUGGGCCCCACAAAGACGGCCUGUCUCUCUGGGGACCUUGCAAGCCCUGCAGCUCUGGCUCAGCCCCAUGUGGUGACAUUACUGACCCCAUUCUGUGGCUUGUGGACAUGGCUUUCUCCAGACCCCUUAAAGUGGUGCAUAUUCUAAAAAACGUUUUCUAUUAUGCCAUAACCUUGCUCUAAUCAGUGAAUGUUCCUAAUGCUGCUGUUUCAACAUUUGAAAAUUUUUAAUUUAUAAAACAUGCUAAAUUUUUUUUUCAGACAAAACACACAUCCACAUAUACACACAUGCUUUGCUAUGUGGCUUCCGAGGUUUAAAUUUUAAAAAAAGUAAAAGAAUUAAAACUUCACGACCACAGACCACCUCAAACCAGAAAUACCUCAGAAUUUUCUACUUGUGUAAGUUUUAUUAUAUAUUUUGUUAGUUGUGUUGUCUUGUAGUAAGUAUAUUUUAAUGUAAGUUGACUUUUAUGACAAGGAUGUUUAAAAGAAAUAGAGGAAAAAGAAAAAAAGUUUGUCUUCUAGGGAGUACUACCAUUUUUGUUUGAUAAAGCCCCCUUGUAAAUAAUUGUCAUCGAGUAUAGGUUGGCUGGCUGGGCUGAGUCUGGGCGUUCAUCACUAUUGUUGGUGAAGGCUCCUCCUGGUUUCCUUAGAUCAUUUUAUUUUAAAACAGUGUGUCUCUUAAUCUCAAGAGUAGGCGAGUUGGCAGGUGAUGGAGAGAGGUUGACCUGGGUAGACUGAAGAGGGCUGCUACCUCCUGGGUUAUUUGGAAGGUCAGAUGUUUCCCAUAACUUGAUUGGUUGAUGUUCAGAAUAACCUAUGACCCCACUUUAACUUGUAAAACUGUGACCCUUAUACCCACAUGAGGUAAUUUUACCUGAGAUUUAAUUCCUUCAGUAGAUGAGCAGUAGUAAUACUGGAGGGGAUUAAUAGCACCAGUGGCCACACACUAUGCCCUGAGGGCAGUUGCCAGAGCUGCUUGUCUGGGGUAGAGGGUGUGGGAGUCUGAGUGUGAUGGACCAGCUCACACUUGGGUGGCUGCUCCACUCAGUUGCUGUGUGUGGCAUCUGGGCCUUCUGCUUGUGGGUGUCCUUUUCUCUGAGUGGGUACAGGAUGCUGUGGGAGGCCAAUUUACUUCCCUGUCCAAGCUCAGUUUUUGCUUCAUGGGUCAAAAUGUGGAUUGGUCAAGUGGUCACUGGGACAGAUGGUUUUCUUUUUGUUUUGGUAAGCUAUGUCUUUUUUUUUUUUUUUCCCUGUUUUAUUUUGUUCCCUUGGAAUAAUUUUUAACAGCAAACAGGCCUUACAGCAGUUGCUUUUCUUUUCCACUUAUUUCUUUAAGAAGCUUUAAAAUAUUUAUUGAAAAGUGCCAUAUCUACUUUUUUUAGCUUUUUCCUCAGGCAGUGGGGGCAUCUCCACUUUUCACCCUCAGAAGAAACAAAUAAACCACUAAUAAAUGUAGCUAAUUCACUGCAGGAAUAAUCAGAUCACUAAUUCUACCCAGUGCCAAACACUAAACCCCAGCUUCCCUGUUUGGUUUUUCAUUUCCUCUGGGUGGUUGGUUUUCUUUUGUGCACUGGCUUAAUUCUUUUGGCCUGGCCAAAGGAGCGUUGAGCCCUGGCUCUGUGGGACCUUCUGGUUGGGGUGCAGAACAGGAGGGCAGGCAUACCUUUUCUCUGAGUGGCUUUUCUUUGCUGACCCCUCACCCAGGCCCUGCAGUGGCCCUGUGGGGCCUUGACAUCAGAAUGGAGUGUAAGGAGUGGUAUCUGUUUGGUGUGGCUGGGAACAGGGAGAGUUUGGGGGUUUGUGCAGUUCUCAGGGCUUCAGACUGCCCCCACUACUACCCCUACUCUGUGCUUCAAGGUGCUUCCUUUAGCUCCAGGUGGCACAUUUGGUUGCUACUGGCUGGAAGGUGGGUGAUUUCUAUCUACCACCUUCUGGGAGCUUGGGUGGGCCUUUUGCCACUGGGUAAAGGUUUCAUUUGCUGCUAUCACGUGCUCUGUGAGUUGGGAGACUCCUAGAGUCCUGAUAUGCAUCUGUGAUGGUGGUGAUUGGAUCACAGGGCCUCUGCCUGUGUUUCUGUCCACAGAUUUCAUGUAACAUCCACUUUUGGGGCAUCCAGAGAACUGCUAUUUUUAUUUUACUUUUUUGCUCCAAGCAUUGUGGGAGACUUGUAAAUAAGGCCUGGUCUCAUUGUCCCUGCCCAUGAGAGGCACUGUCCCAGCCCUGUAGGUUUACAGGGGGCCAAAUCAGGGAAGAGAAGUAGCCAAGGAUCCUUGCUCUUUCCUUUCCAGUGUUCUGUCAUCUAAGCAGCCCCUGGCUUUGGGGAUGGGCUUCCAUAGAUAAUGUCCUGGUUGAAAACCCCUGUAAUAACUGGGAUUUUAUCCUUAGCUAGAGAUCCGGAAAUGAACCAGAGAAGGAGGAAGCAAGUAAAGACAGAGGCCACUGUGUCACAGUGUCCUACAGAGGGUCCUCAGUGAUAGGGUGAGCAGGGGAGGCCAUGGACAUAUCAUCAGAGCAUACUGGGCUGGCAUGAGCUGGAUUUUCUCCUGGGACCAUUGGUCCUUAGCAGGAGGGAACAAGAACUGCAGAUGGGGUGUUCUGGGGAGAAAGGGGAAAAUCUGGCUACAAGGCAAAGUGGUGCCAGCUGCUUGAGUCUGAAUUUAUCCUGUCCCUAGUUGGGGCCAUUUGUGCAGAAUAAGAAGCACAUUGCCUAACCUUGAAUAUCAUCUUCUGCUCACAUAUUCUGAGCAAAGGGAAGGGGUUGUCCUCUCCAGGCUACCAAACUUGCCUCAAGAGGCUAGGUCAGCACUCCUGACAUGCUUGAUGCUUUAGGAAGCAUAGCACUCGAUCCUGUAGUUCUGCUUUACGGCCUUUCUUUCCAUUUGAUCACAUUCAUAUUCUCUCUGUCCUGCUAACUAUGCCCUGGGCUUGGGCUAUAUGUGGGUUUUUUCCUUGGGAACCUGAUCUGUGUAUUGAAUGUUCUUCAUGUGCUCUGUGUGUCUCAGAAAAGCCUGUCAUGUGGCCCCUAUGGUCGAGCCACAAAGGCAGGGAAAUGAUAGUCCCAUCCAAAAUGGGAGGACUAGGUGGCCCUCUUACAAAUAGAAUUUUACCUUUUUUAGUAUGUAAAGUUCCUAGUACCUACUGGUAAUAAUGAGGAUUUGCUGUUGUUGUUUGUUUGUUUGCUUGUUUUUUGCUAAGUAAUAUAGUAAGCAUAUGAGUUUUUAGGAUUGGAACUAGAAGUUAAAUAAUCAUUAUUCUCAAGAACUUGGCUCACUAGAAACUUAACUAAAUUGGAAAGGUGUCCAGUAGUUCAGUUUGAUUUUGUCUUUAUUGCAGCCUGUUGGGUUUUCAGUGGUGUACUUUUGGACAGAUGACUAGGCCUGGUACACAUUUCAGGGGCAUUAGACCACCCUUUUCAAGAAGUGCAGUACAUCUAUUAUUUACAUGGUAGGGGAGCAUCCAGAAAGGGGACAAUAUGGACUUUCCUUCACACUUGGGUGACAUGACUUCUUCUUGAUCAAUGGCUGUUUGCAAAAGCUAAACUGAUAAAAUACUCGGCAGCUAAUGUGUUCAGCCUAGUAAUAAGGAAUUUAAGACUAGAUCAAUAUGUUUUAGGCCCAGUAAUUCACUUGAUGAACUGUGUUAUUUUCUCAGUCUAUAUUUUAAACAUUUAAUGCAUUCAGGGUUAUAUUCAUAGUUCUUUAAGUAAGAUUCCAGGUAGUUGAUUUGUAACCAGCAGUCUACCUAUGAAUGUAUCCCAAACCUUUAGAAGGCUUGGAAUAGUUUCUUGAGAUAAUAAUUUAGUUUUGUAGGAAAAAAGAAAUUGAAGUUUAAAAUACCCUUAAUCCAGUUGAUCCAAUCACAUUUUUUAAGACAGUAAGUUCAAAAGGCCUAGCAGCUGUCAACAAAAGUCCAAGUUAUUUAGUGGGAUAUUUUGAAUGUGCACGUUUCACACCUGUUUGGGGGUCCACUAUAAACUUGGUUUGGACAAGAAUUUGAAUGUAAAGUAUUUACCACUGUUUAAGUUUUUAUCAAGUUUUAACAUUGUCAUGACGGUAUCUUCCAGGUAUGAAUGAAGCAAGACUUCAGUUGUGGUACUCCAUGUAUAUCCUGUAGUGCCAAAACAGUGAUACUUUAUUUGCUCCUAUGGCAGCUUGUAGAGAUAACUGAAGUGGUUUUUCCUUAAGAAUUAAAAUGCAUAUUCUCUAAACACCUGAGUGGGUGAUGGGCUCUGCGCUGACCUUUUUUCCUCUGGGGCAGUAUCUUCUGAUAGUCUAGAGUUUAGGCAGUCACAGGACACUAAAGAAACAUACAUGUAGCUGUAUGGAUGUAUGCAGUAUGUUAUUUAAAGGAGGGCUAUUUUGGAUGCCUACAGAAGUGUGACAUUCGUUUGCAAAGUUUAUGUUGUUGAGCUCACAGUUAAGAAAAUUGUGACCCAUUAGUCAGUAGGCUUACCCCCUCGCCCCCAGUCAGUGACGAUGGGUCUUUUUGAAUGAAUGAGUUGUGUCUUGAGUUCUGGGAACUUCCACUGUUGGGUUGGGUAUGGACCCAUUCCCUGACUCUCCUAAUCAUGUUUGCAUCAGUACUGUUAGAUAGCAUUGUAAAUAAAAGAAUAGGUUAUAUAAUAGAGACAUAACACUUGAAAUUUUACUUCAAAAAAAUCUAUAGCUCUACAUAUAUAUUUAGUUAUAUCACCUGACAGAUUUCUUCUACACAGUGUGGAGAUUGUUUUAUACCACAGAUUAUUUUUAUAAAGUCUAGUGAGUUUGAAUAAGAAUGCUUUUGUAAUCAGAGCUACUGAGCUUUACCUUUCAGGAUAAAUGUACACUGGAGCAUGAGGGGUGUGAAUUUUUACUUAGCACUCACACAGAUUCUUGUAUACACUGGCAGCCUAGAGUCAAUUUAUGAUUCUCCUGGCCAAAAUUCCCACUUGUGGCUGUGAAGGACAGAUGCUUCAGCUAGGCUCCUUACAGACCUGAAGGAGGGGGGGCCUGCAGUGUGUUUGACAUUUAUGCUUCCUCCUGAGAUUUCUGAACAGAGGGUUCUGAAGUUAAACAUUCGGUUGUAAGCUCCUGACACAAAAUAUAGUUGUGUUGAGGGUAUUUGGGGAAUGGAAAUUUUAUGGGGCACAGAUGGGGGCAGGAUGCACAAGAAAAAGAUUUAGGCUACAAAAACUUUAAAAUGGGGAUUUAUUGGUUUGAGUUCCACUAAACUGAAUUACCUAGGACUAAAUUAUUGAGUUGAAUAAUUCUUGGAUAUGGUCAGAAUUGGGUAGGGCAUGUGGACAUAGUGAUUAGAUUAAAUGAAGAGCUACCGGCAUAUCUUGUCCCCGGUGGUCAGGGCCUUUGGAGAUUAGAGUGAGUGGUUGGCUCACUGCUUUAAUCUGUUGAAUCAGCCAGGAUAGCCUACUGAGGAAACUAGAAACCCAGUAAUAGCAGGGCAUCUUUCACAUGUCCUCAGAGGUUUUUUCCACUUUCCCCACAAAGGUCAGCAUCACUGCCAUCAAGUGGAAGGGGGUUUCAUUUUAACCUUUUUAAUUUUGGGUAGAGAGUGGAUGGUUAUUUGAGUGCAACUUUUGAUGGGGAUCUAGGGAAACUGAAUAAUUAAGCUAAAUCCUAGUGUUCAUAAUGGCUAGCUUUGAGGCCCAGGUAAAGGCCUGACCCCCACACUCUGCCUACUGGCUUCGGGCCAUGGCUUCCAGAGGUACACUGGAGGUAGUUGAUGUGUCAUUUAAAGCCAGCUGUGCUUUCUGUUCCUUCUGGUUUAGAGUGUAGUUUACACUUCACCCUUUUAUACUUACAACAAAUGUAGUUCCAGCAGAUCCAGUAGCACUACAGGAACUAACCCGCACUCCUUUCUCUGUUCCCAUAAAAGGACAUUUCUCUGCUCUCCAGCCACCUGUCUUGGAAUGUAAUUUUGUUGUGCCUUUGUUUUUGUCACCCUCCUCCUCCAAAAGCAACUGCUGUAAGCUUUUUUCUACUUGUCUUUUCUAUCCCCAAAUCCCUUGCCUUUUUCCUUUUUCCCAGCUCUAAUUUCUGGAUGCACUUGUGUGAUCCAGGUCUUUUAAGAACCAGUUACCUCAGACCUCAUGUUGAAUGGUGUCACCAUCUGGGUCCUCUUGAUACUGCAGACUUAACAUACACACGCAGGAACCCUGCUGAGUGUGGGCACUUAAACUUGUUUUAGUGAAACAAGGACUGAGAAGGGCUUCUGGUGAUUUCAUCCUGGCUGUGGUGGGGUUGGUCUGGAGUGUCAUCUGAAGGUGCUUCCUGCGCUCCUCUGCAUUCUGCCGUUUUCAGUAUUCUUGUGUGUCUGAUUAAGUGAAGCAACUUAACUGGCUGGUCUUGCAUGCAAACUAGUUCCAAAGAUGAGCUCUUUGUAACACAUUUCCAGUCUCUAAAAGCUCACAUGUAGAACAUUCCUUUAAAUGGCAGGAUAAAAACCCACCAUCCACCACAGUGCAUUUUUGGGAAGAUGUCUGUAGCAUAUGUUGCUGUGAAAUUAGGCCUUGUUGGGAUAUGGCUGUUUGUCAUUAUGAUGUAUUUUAAAUAAAUAAAUAAAUAAAUAAAUAUAUAUAUAUUUUUAAAGAGCCUUUUUUACCAGUUCAAGAAGCUUAAUUAACCAGCAGUCACCACAUCUGAAUUUUGUCUUCUGGGGCAUAGAUGGCAGACCAAGAUAAAAGUGGUAACUCAGUGAUGCCAUCUGCCUGCCUGGGCUGUCCUGCUGCCCUCCUGACCAUGGGACACCAAGGUCAUUGUGUUCCCAGUGGGUCCAGGCUCAGCCCUCUGAGUGUUUGAUCUUUGCCCCUUUCAGUGGACUGUUGACUUCAGUCCCUGCAAGUGCUUUAGCCCAAGUGGGGUUUUCUCAGAGCACUGCCAUGAGUUAAGUGUAUGUUUAGCCAAAUAAUUUCUCGGUAAGGGAAAAAUGCAGUCAUCCAAAUUUUACAACAAUGACAGAGAUGCGAGUAGGAAAGAUUAGGCAACAUCUGAGUUUUAAUUUGAAAAGUGUCCAAGUCAUUGUCAGGCCAUCUAGGAGCGAAUGAUUCAUUAGAGAUUCUUUGGGAGACCCCAUCUGAAACACUAAGACCACCAGUGAGGGGAACAAGUGUUAAAAUGCCAGUGGCUUUUCCCUCUCAUUUUUUUUUGAGAACUCUGUAAAAAUGCAAAGAAAAUUGAGUGGUACUUUAGAGUUGAAGGAGAGAGUUACCGCAGAUUAGAAACAUAUUUCUAGAUUUCAUUUCCAUGCCACAAAUCCACAUGAUGCCAUUUUUCAACUGUACAGAAGAAUCUGCUUUUGAAUCUGACAUAAUUGUAAUGGUAAUGUCAAAGGCCAAAUUUUCACUUGUUAAUACUUUCCCACAUUUGUCCUUGAAUCUAAAUAACUUUAUACAGUACUAUAAAUUUAACUUACAUUGAGUUUGAUGUCAAUUCUUGUGAAAAGAGCUUUCUGCAUAUAAUAGACAUACAGUUAAAGAACACAGCAGAGUACAAAGUUUUCAGGAACAGUUUUGGAACCAACAGAAAAUGUCACCUUUUAUUUACCAUCUUAUAUAUCAGUUUUACCAGCUACUUCUGAAUUUGUACAUUAUUUGUAAGGAAAAGGAGGAACCACCCUAAGACUUGUCUAACCUAGUGGAGAAUGUGUGUGUUGGGCUUAGGAUGGUAGCUAAGUCUUAUUGAGCUGUGUUAUCUAACUUGUAUAUACAAAUUGUAAUUAAAAGUUUGGAUUCACCUGUUUCUCACAGUUUAAAAUGACAAGUAAUCACAAACUCUGGAAUUGUGACUAGUGUAUGAUUUAAGACUGUAGAAGCAAGGAAGCUCUUUCAAGUGCUAAAACUAAAAACUUAUAGUUUUUGGCUCAAAUUCAAUAAGUACUGUUUGUAUACCAGGAUAUGUGAGAUGUAAAUGUAGUAGGUCACUUUUCACCCUUGUAGCUAUACAAUAAAAAUUUUGUAGAACAGAAAUAGCUUGUACUACUGAAUUAACAAAAGUUAUACUGAAGUAUCAUGUUUUUAUAUAUAUAUAUAUAUAUAUAUAUAUAUAUAUAUAUAUAUAUAUAUAUAUACACAGAGUUAAGCUUGUUGCUGUUACCCUGUCUGGAUUUGAAAAGUGUGCUGAUUUAUAUAUAUAUAUACAUAUACAUACAUAUAUAUAUUACACACACACACACAAACACACACACACACACCCCUAAAAUGGCCUGAAGCAGACAUCCAUGUAAUUACAGUUGUGAAAUGAAAACAUUUUGGAAAGAACAUUGUAUCAUAGUUCAUUCAUUUGCAGUGGAUCUUUGUUCCUUUUUACUGUGGUACUUUUAGAAAUGAGUGUCAAGUUUGAAAUUAGAUCUGCUAAAUUGGGGUUUUGCUGCUUGAACUCUGCACUGGGUCCUCAAAUAAACCGAUGUGAAUGUAGUUUUUUCCCCCCUGUGUGAAGCAGCAGCCACACCCCAACAGAAUAGGAGGAAAAAUCUAGAACUAUUUCAAGUUUUAUCUUUUUGUAUAUGAAAAUAAAAUAAUAAUAAUAAUAAA